CUCCUUCAAAAUUUCAAAAUUCCGCGUCUCUUCUCUUCCUCCUUAACCCGUUCGUUAGCUCUCCGCUCCCCUGCUUGCUCAUAGUCUUCAUUCCACCGUUUGAUUUCUUCCCCUUUCCACUGAUUCCUUUCGAAUCCAUCUGUUUGUUUGGCCGCUGAGAAACCGGAUUUCAGUCACCACUGAUUUUGCCUCCGGUUCAGGGCAGAGGGAGAGAAAAAAUUGAAAUUUGUCCGCUUCCUCCUAGUUGAGUUCUCCGAAAUCUGCUGUUUCCAUUUCGUCUGGUGUAUCUGAAACCCGUUCCCAGAAGAAAUGUCGCUCCUCAGUAGAUUCUUCUACAGAAGGCCGCCCGAUGGGUUGCUCGAGUUUGUCGAGAGAGUAUACGUGUUCGAUUCUUGCUUUUCUACUGAAGUUCUGCCCGAUGAAUUGUACCACAUGUAUUUACACGAAACAAUUGGGGAACUGUACGAAGAGUUUCCCGACUCUUCCAUUCUUGCUUUCAAUUUCCGCGAGGGCGACAAGCGGAGCCAGUUCGCUGAGAUUUUGUGCAAGUAUGAUGUUACUGUUAUGGAUUAUCCGCGCCAGUACGAGGGCUGCCCGCUCCUGCCCUUGUCCUUGGUGCAACAUUUCCUUCAAGCUUGCGAGAGUUGGCUUUCACUUGGGAACCGUCAGAAUGUUAUCCUCUUCCAUUGUGAGAGAGGGGGCUGGCCCCUCAUGGCCUUCCUAUUGGCUAGUUUCUUGAUUUUUAAGAAGCUCCAUCGAGGUGAGCGAAGAACCCUUGAAAGUGUUCAUCGAGAGGCUCCAAAGGGCUACCUGCAGCUCUUGUCACCACUUAAUCCUUUCCCUUCUCAGCUGCGGUACCUUCAAUAUGUUGCACGAAGAAACAUUGCGCCAGAGUGGCCGCCUCCUGAGCGAUUCCUUUCAUUAGAUUGUGUCAUUCUUCGUGCCAUUCCUAGCUUCGACUCGGACAAUGGCUGCAGACCUGUCAUACGUAUUUUUGGUAGGAAUCUCCACUCAAGGGGUGGACUUUCGACCCAGAUGCUGUUCUCCAUGUCUAAGAAGAAGAAAUCUUCCAUUAAACAUUACCGACAGGCAGACUGUGAUGUGAUCAAAAUUGAUAUCCAGUGUUUGGUACAAGGAGAUGUUGUCUUGGAGUGUGUGCAUUUGGACUUGGAUCCUGAAAGGGAAGUCAUGAUGUUUCGCGUAAUGUUCAACACAGCAUUUAUUCGAUCCAACAUACUAAUGCUGAACUCUGACAACCUUGACAUUCUUUGGGAUUCAAAGGAACGAUAUCCAAAAGGAUUUCGAGCAGAGAUUCUAUUUGGUGAAGUUGAGAGUGCCUCACCACCAAAAGGCCCAAGUCCAACUUCAGUGUUGAACGUGGAAGAGAAGGGCGGAUUACCAAUUGAAGCUUUUUCUAAGGUUCAAGAACUCUUCAAUGGUGCAGAAUGGGUUGAUAACAGUGAUGCUUUGUGGCUACUUAAGCAACUUUCCGUCUUCAAUGAUGCAAGAGAACUUUCAAGAUUUCAAGCUAGAGGUAGUUCAUAUGCUUCACCUUUUGACUCUGAAGAAGAUAAUAAUGCUUCCAGCACUGCAGAUAGUUCAGAUGAAGCUUUUGAUUUUGUUCCAAAGUCUUCAGUAGAUUCUAUGGAGUCAUUUGUGCGUGGUACUGUUAAUUCCGUAGACAUACCACCACCAUUUGAUGAUCCAGUUGAUCCAGACAUUGGUUCAGAAUCCACAGGUGCAAUUUCAGUUCACCCUGAAACUUCUCCAUCCUCUCUUAAGCAACAACUGGCUUCAACUGAGGAAAUGAAACCUUCUUCAGAAGCUUCUUCUCUACAGUGUAAACCUUCUGUUGGACAAGUACCAACACAACCACCACAACCCGGAAUCCUUGCUUCCCCACCACCACCACCACCUCCCCCUCCUCCGCUUCCUACAACUACUAGUGUCCAAAGUCCUGUUUCAAUUUUUGCACCACCUCCUCCACCACCGCCUCCACCUCCUCCUGCAGAGUCUCUGAACAAUACUACUACUCCAUCUCUGCCGGCGUCAUCUAUUCCUGCUAGUACAGUUUCUUCAUUCUCUAGUUCUCCUGCCACAAGUAAAGUUCCCACUCCACCACCACCCCCUUCUAACUUAUCACAUAUAGCUCCGCCACCGCCUCCUCCACCUCCUCCGUUUGGCAGAAUGCGUUCAGGUUUAAGUACAAGUCUGGAGCUGCAUUCUGGACCCAGUACUCUUGACUCUUUUCAAAAGCAAGCACCACCUGCACCUCCGCCACCUCCACCACCUCCUCCUUCCAGCUUAAAUUCAUCAUUGUUACCUCCACCUCCACCACCUCCACCUCCUCCUCCUUCCAGCUCGCAUUCAUCAUUUUUACCACCACCACCACCUCCUCCUCCUCCUCCUUCUGAUUCGCAUUCAUCAUUUUUAGCACCGCCGCCGCCGCCACCACCACCACCUCUGCCUCUUUCUUCUACUUCUAGGCCAUUGUAUUCAUCACCUUCAGCACCACCGCCGCCGCCACCACCUUCAUUUCCCUCAAAAGCCAAUAAUAUCAAGCAGCUACCACCAGCCCCUCCCCCUCCCCCUCCACCACCUCCACAUUCUACUUUGUCAUCUUCAACAUCUAUCACAAUUGCUAGAAGUGGUCCUCCACCUCCACCUCCACCCCCACUCCCUGCUGGUGGCAACCCUGGUGCUGCCUCGGGGCCACCUUCCCGUCCUCCUCCUCCCCCUCCUCCAGCACCUCCUUUGGGUCCUACACGCGCUAGUGCAAUCUCAUCACCUGCCCUCCCCACUCCACCACCAGCACCAAGGCCUCCCGCUCCACCUCCAGUACCUGGUCGUGGUGGCCCUCCAGGUCCGCCACCAUUGCCAGGAACAAAGAGCUCCAGUGUGCCACCUCCUCCGCCUCCUUCCAUUGGUAGGGCAAAAGCUUCUUCUGGUUCAAGUGGUCAUGGCAGAGGUCGAGGAAUUGCCCCAACUGGCGUUGCCACUAAAAGAACUUCUUUGAAGCCCUUGCAUUGGGUGAAAGUUACUCGAGCAGUGCAAGGAAGUCUGUGGGCUGAUUCACAAAGGCAGGAGAGUCAAUCAAGGGCCCCUGAAAUUGAUAUAUCAGAACUUGAGAGUUUGUUCUCAGCUGCAUCAGUGUCAGAAGGUAGUGCUGCUAGUAGAAUUGGUGCUAGACGUGGCUCUAACAUCAACAAGCCUGAGAAAGUACAGUUGGUUGACUUGCGUAGAGCAUAUAAUUGUGAAAUAAUGCUUUCAAAAAUCAAGAUUCCAUUGCCUGAAAUGAUUAAUGCAAUUCUAGCUUUAGAUUCUUCAGUGUUGGAUAUUGAUCAGGUUGAAAAUCUGAUCAAAUUUUGUCCAACUAAGGAGGAAAUUGAAACAUUAAAGAACUUUACCGGCAAUAAGGAAACACUUGGAAGAUGCGAACAGUUCUUCAUGGUGUUGAUGACUGUUCCAAGAGUGGAAGCCAAAUUACGAGUAUUUGCUUUCAGGAUCACUUUCUCAAGUCAGGUGAGUGAUUUGAGAGGUAACCUCAAUACCGUGAAUGAUGCUGCCAGAGAGGUGAAAGAAUCUGAAAAGUUACGGCAGAUAAUGCAAACAAUUCUUACGUUGGGGAAUGCUUUAAAUCAAGGCACUGCACGAGGAUCUGCUGUGGGAUUCAAAUUGGACAGCCUUCUUAAGCUGUCUGAUACUCGUGCAAGAAACAACAAAAUGACUUUAAUGCACUAUUUAUGCAAGCUCCUAGCUGAGAAAAUGCCAACGUUGCUUGAUUUUGGCAAAGACCUUGCUCAUUUGGAAGCUGCUUCUAAGAUUCAACUAAAAACUCUAGCUGAAGAAAUGCAGGCUGUUAGCAAAGGUCUUGAGAAGGUUGAGCAGGAACUCGCUGCUUCAGAAAACGAUGGUGCUAUAUCUGCCGGUUUCCAAAAGUAAUUGCUGAUCAGUUUGAAUCUCGGCUGUCCAAGAUAGAGGUUUUUUGCUUGUUUGUUUUUCCUUCCCUUGAGGUAUGGACGAGAUAGAGGUUUUUAUUAAUCAUUUCUCAUUUUAAACAACGACUUCUGAAGGCCUCGCAGUUUAACGUGCCUUCGUUGCAUGAUAAGUAAUAAACCUUGUUGGGUUAACCAGGUACUGAAGAACUUCCUUCAUACUGCUGAAGCUGAAGUAAGGUCACUUAUUUCGUUGUACUCGGAAGUGGGAAGAAAUGCAGAUGGAUUGUCCCAGUAUUUUGGAGAGGAUCCAGCUCGGUGCCCCUUUGAGCAAGUGACACAAAUCUUGGCCGUCUUCGUGAAGAUGUUCAACAAGGCACGGGACGAAAAUGAGAAGCUGGCCGAGGCUGAAAAGAAGAAACUCGAGAAGGAAGCCUUGAAAGAGAAGUCUGCUGCAAACUUGUCCGCGAAGAAAGAUGAGAACGACAAGAUGAAACUUGAGUUUCAACUCCAGAGAAAUGCUGUACGGCUGAAAAAUGAAGACUGAUUCAGUGGAAGAUGGGGUUAACGUUACCAGUCAUUUUUUGGGUGACCGAAAUCUGGACUUCACUCCCCUCGUGAUCAUAGGUCUGGUUACUUGAUUGUAACUGGUCUCUGAAUUCUGAUAAUGUGUUGCAUUGAUUCAGUACCGGAGCGUAUUACUGAUAGGAUACCGGGCGAUGACCUUUUUGUAUAGUAUAGUCUGCAGGCAAGGCAUUGUACAACAUACUCGGAACUGAUUCUGCAGUGUGGAUCUCUCAAACGAAACCAUGAUUCUCCUGUAAGAACUCCAUCUGCAACUUUGUAGUUUGUACAGAGUAUAAAUUAGAUGAAAUUUUCUUCCACUUCCUUUUGCU